CAGAUACCCAUGGGAAACAUAUAUAAAACCCUGUACUGUGGGGAGUGUUCAGCAGAUUCACAAGUGAGUCUAUCAUUGAAUUCUUCAUUACCAGAAGAUCUAUUAUCUUAACGGCAAUGAUAAUGCUGAAACUCUGGACUUUCCUUCUUGCCUAUGCGUUGAUCAUUUGCCAGAUGUACGUCUCACAGGCAGCUCCAUCCAGUAAGGAGUCCCUGUCAGAUGGAGUCACACUAUCGAAUGAUGAUGCGCAAAGUUUACUCAGGGCUAUCAAAGACUUCAUGCAGAUAACUUCAGAUGAGCAAGACCACCAAAAAUCUGAUGGAAACAGUAAUGCAACAGCACAAAAGCGGGCAUGCAACACAGCCACCUGUGUGACCCAUCGCUUGGCUGACUUCCUGAGUCGGUCAGGAGGACUGGGACACAGCAACUUUGUUCCCACCAACGUGGGUGCCCAGGCGUUUGGCAGACGGAAGCGGCGCGGCCCUGUGUGAGCACAAGAACAGGCACAAGGACAAAGUGCCUCUUUUGAGCGAACAAACUGCAUCAUCAUCUGCCUACAAACACUUGAGAGCAUGUGACAAUGAGAGCAUAUAUUCUUCACAAGCACUGACUGAUCUCUUGCUUUCAGACUACCAACAGAACGUUGUCAGUAUUCAUUGUUAGUCUGUGUUUAAAAACUGUGAAAUAACUAGCAGUGGUGUUAUUGUAAUCAUGGAAAGGUAACUGAGAAGAUAUUUUUUGCUAAGAGGGAUGAGAAUGGAUUUUUUCUUUGUCUUGGCCUGUGACUCCACUGCACUUCUGGCCUGUCUCUGCAGUAAAGUGUGUCAAACAAAAAGUCUGAUACUGUACGUCUGAUACUGUACGUACAACUGUGGCUGUCUGGUGCCUUGAUGUAAAACACUUCAUUAAUUUCAAAACAGUGCACAAUGCAAGAGUGAAAAAUGUACCUAUCAUUCUAAAUAUUGUAAUAAUUGUGAAUUGAAAGCAGGAAUAAAUUGUAUUUUAGCUAAAUUAGCCUUCCAUGUCUUACUGUAUUUUAUUUGAUUGGGUGAUAUAAGCCGUAAACCAUACUUUUCAAUUCAUUUCAGAAAGGUGCACAUAAUGUGGUAUGAAAAAAAAGGUAUGCUCAGAAAAUCAAAUAUAACAUUCACUUUUCUAUUUUCAUGUAAAUAGAAAGGACAGAUUACAUUCACUACACAUACAUAAUUGGACCAUCUCCAAACAUGACUGUAGGAUAUUUCUUUAAUAAAACUCUUUAUUUUGUUGUAAACUGAAGCAUGUCACUGGAAUUUCAACACAUUUAUGUUUUAUCUUUCUAUACCUGGCUCAUUUUGCUCUCCAGUGGUUAUAAUAAGUUGCUCUCAAAAACGCGUGUGAGGGGCAUGUU